CACAAAUCAUCCAGCCUUCAAGCUAGAAUAACUAAAAACCAACCACUCCCAGAAAAAUGAAGUUCUUCAUCGCCAGCCUCCUGAUCGCCGCCUUGGUGGCUCUCGCCCAGAGCAGCGUGAUCUACUCGCCGGUGCAAUCCGUUCCGGUGGUGCGAUCCGUUCCAGUGGUGCGAUCCGUGCCAGUGGUGCGCCACAUCCCGGUGGUGCGUACCGUUCCGGUGGUGCGUCAUGUGCCCGUCAUCGAUUCCGUCCCGGUGGUGCCCUCCGUGGUUCGCGUUGGACACGCUGCCGUCUACGAUGCCCCACUUGUCCAAUCCUACGGCGGUUGGUUGAAGCAGAAGUAAAUCUUUGGAUGCCGGACAACCACCCAUCUUCUUUUUUUCUAC